CUCCUCGCUCCCUCUCUUGCUCAACCUCCACCUUUCUAUCUCAUCCUCUCUUCAAUACAUCCAUUCCCUUCUUCUAAUUCAUAUUUAUGUCCCUGUAGGGAAGCCUCCAUUUGGGCGCUGUUACUCGUAUAUCUUUUCUCCCGUUCGUCUGCUCCUCGACGAGCCUUGCACACGUUCCCACAAUUUUCGCAGCCACACAUCCAAAUGACCGCAUUCCCAACUUCAUGAGUUUCCCUUCCCCCGCUCAAUCUUUGAUUGCUUCUGGCACCGACAAGCCAUCAGCUUCCAGGACGGCGAGAUCCCAGCAAUCUGUCUGGGGUUCCAGUGCGUCCCAAUCUAGCAUCCGCCGUGGCCUCGCGCCGCUAUCCACCAAUCUCUCCAACUCAAACUCCAGCGUAUCACCUCCCCGACGUUCUGUCCAACAGCAUAGUCCCGCUCCUGGCGCUUCUGCAACAUCUCCCCUUACGUCCACCUUUUCCGCCGUCCUGACAUCCUCUAAUCGCCUUUCGAUCAACCGCAACACGUCUUCCCCGGCACCUUCUCACACCUCCUUCUCUUCUCUCCAACAAGCUGGCUCGCACCAACAGCAGCAGCAUCAAAGUCAGACAAUUUCAUCACCGAAAAUCAGAUCUCUUACCCCUUCUUCAGUCUCGCAUCUGGCUACCUCGACGUCUUCAGGAGGAGGUAGCGGGGGCGGUGGAGGUGGUGGUGGAGGAGGUGGUGUGGGCGCGGGAAUAUCCAGGAGUGCUGCGUUCUCUCCGCUGUUGACGGGGACUACAAUCAACUCGCCAACAGGUUUCCCUUCUGAUAAGCCCGGAGCUGCCGUUAAUUCAACUGCAAACGCUGGCCAGUCGUCCCUGUCGAAAAUCUCUGUAGCUCAAGUGUUCCUCCUAUUGGACUCCAUCAACGAGAAGGAAGGGAAAGAAAAGUGGGAAACUAAAGCUGCACAGAUCCACAAGCUCGUUAAUUCAAACGGCAUGGAAGUUUUUGCAAAGUAUUUUCGUCGCCUGCUCUCUGGCAACGCCCCUCAGAUCUUUCCGGGGAUCAACAAGGUGGUGGAAAAUGCCGGGAACUAUCCUUUGCUAGUGCAGGAGGUUCAGAAGGUGUCACAGGAUCCAGAUCAAGGCCAGAAAAUUGCUGAGACUAUUGAUGCCUCUGAUGGUGAUAUCUUUCGUGACUUUGACCUUUCAACAUUCCUCGAGCACUUUAAAUUAGACCCUAUUGUCAAAGUCGCGUUGACACUCGCCUUCAAGAAUGUCAGCAAGGCAGAUUUACGCACAAAAGCCGAUGCAAUUCUUACCAAUUCAACCACCCAGUUCCUGCAUAGCGUCUCUACCAUAUCUGACACGAACAAAGAUUUUACCACAUCUUUUAUCAGCCUUACCCUUGAGCGCUUCAUCCUCCAACCACCCCGUAAUUUCGACGACGACAUUAAACAAAGGCUUGUUUACGCGUGCCGAGCGCGAUACCAAUCCGCAGAUAUGGACAUGCCUCCAGAAAUCGAAUCAGCUUUGCAAAUGUUUGGGUUGUCUGAUCCGCAAUUGACUCUUGUUCGCCAGAUACAAACGCGAGGGCCAAAAUCAAUGAGCAGUCUGGAUAACAUCGUUGAAACCAUAAAUUCAGCUGGUCCCAGUGGCUGGAGCGAAGAGCAGAUUGCUUCUGCUCUUUUGUAUGUUAUAAUUUCCCCUAAUUGGCGUCACUUCUCUCCCGAAUUGAUUCUCACUGCGGCCAAAAACCACCGAGGUGAAGCCUUUAACUGGUCAGCCUUCAUGCACGGCUUCGAUCGGGUUGGUGUGGUCAUCGAUCCGAAUCAGUUUGGUCGACUAUUUAAUGUCCUUGUUGCUGCUUCCCACGAUAACCCAAGCCUUGAUGUUCAACUGCUUUGGAGUGGAGAAUGGGAAAAUCGAGACACGCAACUAUCAUUCUUAACCGCUGCGCUCUCCUCCAACAUCGACAUUUCCCGCAUCCCCAAGUUCCGCUCGACAUACCCCUCCGACAUUUUUAGGGACGCUUCCGAAACUGUUCGUCAGCAAGCUGAGCAGGCGCAACAUAGCCUGCUUCGCUCCCGCGAUGCGGUGAAAGCCAUCUUUGAUCUUAUUCUCGAGACACCAGGGACGUGGAGCCUUCCAGACAGUCAACGAUUCGUUAAAACAGUUCUUCAACACGAUCUACCCAUAUUCCUUUGCUCUGCAUUCGCCAUUCCUCAACCGUGGAGCACUGUUCAGGUCAACUUCGUUGUGCGUUCUUUCUCUAUUUUCGUUUCCAAGCGCCAGGAUGGCUAUCAAUUUGCCCUUCAUGGCGUCUGGAAACUUAAUCGAGAGUGGGUUGUGGAACAGCUCUUUCACGCAUUUACUCAAGAUCCUUCGUGCACUGAACUUAUAUACGAGCAUGCCGUGGAGCAUGGUUGGUUAGACUGCAUUUUGGAAUUUACCAACGGCCUAGCUAUGGACCUUGCAUCUUUGGCGCACAGAAAGGACGACUAUGAUCUCGAACAGUGGGUUAAAAAGGCGGCUCAGAAAGCUCCCAUCGACAUGGGAAAUUUGUUAUCGAAAUUCCUGAGAAUAAAAGCUGAGGACGAACUACGCGUCCAACGGAAAGAGCAACCAACACCGCAGAUGGUCAGCCUGUCGGUUAAAACUGUCUUUGCCCUCCUCCAAAUUCUUGAAGAUUACAUUGUCGAUCAUGAAACCUUGACCCCCAUCCAACGAAUCUGCCUUCAAGCUUACCCACGACUGAUAAACUACGGCGAAGGAUUUGACGAUAUUAUCGAGGUCAACGGUGCUCAUGGAAAUGCUAUUCCAGUCGAAAUUGAUAAGCAGAUGCAAGAUUUAUUCGGCAAAAUGUAUCACGAAGAACUUUCCCUGCGUGAAAUCCUCGAGCUGAUGCGACGGUACAAAACGUCACGCGAUCCUGCUGAGCAAGAUUUAUUUACUUGUAUGGUCCAUGGCCUUGUGGAUGAAUAUAACUGCUACCAUACAUAUCCACUAGAAGCAUUAACAAAAACAGCUGUCAUGUUCGGGGGCAUUAUAAAUUUCAAGCUAAUAUCUGGUAUCCCGCUCAAAGUUGGCCUCGGAAUGAUACUAGAUGCGGUGCGGGAGCACGAGCCCCAUCAGUCGAUGUACAAAUUUGGCGUUGAAGCUAUCGAGCAAUUAAUGGGCCGUCUCCCAGAAUGGGCUGGAUUUUGCAACCUGCUUCUACAAAUCCCCACACUUCAAGGAACGCCGAUUUACCGCAAAGCCGAGGAAGUGCUUCGAGAUCAAGGCCACCACCCAAUUAACGAAGCUGAUGGAACUGAAUUAAAUGGACUGUCCGAUGGGAUGGCUAUGACUAAUGGCAAUAUUGAUGAGCUCCUGGCUACAGAUACUACUCAUCGCAAAUUUUCUUCCCUCCACGUGGAUCCACCGCUUCGCCCUGAGAUAUACCGCGACCCGGACGAAGAAGCUCAUGACAAAAUUCUCUUCAUUCUAAAUAAUGUUUCAGAACAAAAUAUCCAGGGGAAGCUUAGAGAUCUAAGAGAUGUUCUACAAGAGGAACAUCAUCAGUGGUUCGCCUCGUACCUUGUUGAAGAACGAGCGAAAUUGCAGCCGAAUUUUCAGCAACUUUACCUCGACCUGUUAGAGCUUAUUGGCGACAAAACUCUCUGGAUGGAAGUUCUUAGAGAGACAUAUGUUAGCGCAAUACGAUUACUGAACGCAGAAUCUACCAUGAACUCGGCAACCGAACGCACAUACUUGAAAAAUUUGGGCGGAUGGCUAGGCUCUUUGACCAUUGCCAAGGAUAAACCAAUAAAACAUAGAAAUAUAUAUUUCAAGGACCUCCUUAUCGAAGCAUUCGAUAGCCAACGCCUCAUGGUUGUCAUACCUUUCACCUGCAAGGUGUUGGUUCAAGCUAUGAAAUCCACGAUUUUCAAGCCACCAAACCCAUGGUUAAUGGAUAUCCUUGCCCUGUUGAUGGAGAUAUACCAUUUUGCGGAACUGAAAAUGAUUCUGAAAUUUGAAAUAGAGGUUCUCUGUGGAGACUUAGAUCUUAAUUACAAGACAAUUGAGCCGUCGACAUGUAUUAGGGAACGUCCAGCACAACUAGAAGAUGGCAUUUCGUCGGCCAACCUUCCUGAAGGCCUGGAGGCCUUCGAAGAUAUGUCACUGAGUAACAUAAACCGUGCUAUCCGCAACGAGAGAAUACCCCAGACAUCCAUGAUGCCUAGUCUCCCAAACCUGGAUCAAAUCUUGGUGUUCCCUCCUUCUGCGAGUACAAUGGCAGAUCCUAGCGUCCUUAGGCAAAUUGUCCACAGCGCUGUAGAGCGGGCAAUUGCUGAAAUCAUCACCCCAGUCGUCGAACGUUCCAUCACGAUUGCGUCCAUAUCAACGGCGCAGCUUAUACUAAAGGAUUUUGCAAUGGAGCCUGAUGAGGAGAAAGUUCGCCAGGCUGCAGGAACAAUGGUUCGGGCACUUGCAGGCAGUUUGGCUCUGGUGACAUGCAAGGAGCCCUUAAAAAUGAGCAUGACCAAUUAUAUUAGAGUAAUUCAACAAGAAUUCUCGGACCAGCCAAUGCCUGAAGGGCUUAUCCUUAUGUGUGUUAAUGAUAACCUAGACGCCGCGUGUGGUAUCGUUGAAAAGGCAGCGGAAGAAAAAUCUAUCUCUGAGAUCGAAAAGGUCAUUGAAUCUCAACUAGAAGCUCGCCGCCGCCACCGCGCAGCACGCCCUAACGAACCCUUCAUCGAUCCUUCCAUCAGCCGUUGGGGAUUCUUCAUUCCAGAGCCGUUUAAACAAGUCCCAGGUGGCCUCAACAAAGAACAGCUGGCUAUAUAUGAGAAUUUUGCGCGGCAAUCACGAGGGACUGGACAGAACCACAUCCAGAAUGCAUCAACUGAUUCCGGGAAACAAAUUCCAGACGUUCUUCAAGAGUCUUUCCCUGCAAUUCCUAACCUGUCUACGCCAGCCGAACAACCUGCUCUCCCUCACCAUAUAACGCAGACGCAGCAGGAAUCCAGCCUGCAACAACCUGCCAUUACAGUCCCUCAAGGCCAAAUAAAUGGUUUCCUUGAAUCAGCUGACCCGCGCGAGAAAGUAGAAACACUCGUUUCUCAGCUACAAUUGGCGGCUCGGAAUGCUUCAGAGGAACACCUCAAAGAUCUUGGGCGUGAUAGCAGCAUCCUUCAGGACUAUAACCAGCUCUUCCGGACGAUUCUUAGCGCUCCCAACGGUGAAGAUUUAGCCCAAAGGGUGGCCUCAAAAAUAUGCACCACGUUGUAUGCGCGGACCGAAAGUCGUUUGGAGAUUGAGCUGCUAGUUCACAUCCUGGCCAAGAUCUGCGAGUUGUCGUCGCCUAUUGCCAGGUUCACCUGGACAGUACUUGCCAAUGUGGGCGAUGAGCAAAUGUUCAACGUACCUGUCACCGUUGCCCUCAUUGAUGCAGGGUUGUUGGAUCUUCAACGAGUCGAUAUGAUACUCACGAAACUCAUCCAAGAUAAGAACAUGGCUGCCCUAGAAUUACUAUCUAACCUUAUUGACCGAGUUCUUUUGAACGACGAACCUUCCGCUUUACGAUCGGACUUCUCAGGAAGUUUGGAUGCGAUGAAUAAGUGGGUUGUCGAUAACCCAGAUCUCACUGUUGCCAAAGAUAUUAUCCGGAAGCUCCGCGAAUCCGGCAUCCCAGAAACUGUCAAUGCGCUCCUUACGGAUCAAGCUCGUUCAAAACGCGAUCAAAUGGAAUACAUUUUUAGUGAAUGGAUUGGCGUGUAUAAGUUUGCCGGCUCCAAUGACAGGACAUACAGCACCUUCCUCAAGGAUAUGCACCAGAGACAAGUCAUGAACAACCAAGAAGAUUCAGCCUUGUUCUUCCGGCUCAGCAUCGAUAUUUCGGUCGCCAUGUUCGAGCAUGAAUGCCAAAAUCCAACUGGGAACAUCGAUGAGGCGUUCUUGUACAUUGAUGCUCUCGCAAAGCUAGUAAUCUUGCUUGUGAAAUUCCAGGGCGAGAGCAAUGGAGCUGUCAAAGCCAGCAAACCUGUAUAUCUGAAUUCUAUUCUGUCACUUCUAGUGCUUGUCUUGAACCACCACCAAGUGAUGCGGGGAGAGAAUUUUAACCAGCGGGUAUUUUUCAGGCUUUUCUCCAGCAUUCUUUGCGAAUAUUCUAUGUGUGGCCUGCAAAAUACGGAUCAACAUAAAGAAAUGAUGUCCGUCUUUGCGGACAAGUUCUUGUCGCUGCAGCCUAAACAUGCACCUGGGUUUGUCUACGGAUGGCUUGCACUCAUUUCGCAUCGACUUUUCAUGUCCGGAAUGCUUAAUAUGCCGGAUCAGUCGGGGUGGGAAUCAUAUUGCGAAAUAAUCCAAGUUUUACUCCCGUAUGUUGGCGAACAAUUGAAGCCAGCCAAUGUUUCAUUCGUCUCCAAGGACAUAUACAAAGGGGUUCUUCGCAUUUUGCUUAUUCUCCAUCAUGAUUUCCCCGAGUUUGUGGCUGAGAAUCACUACCGAUUCUGUAAUGUUAUCCCGUCUCACUGCGCGCAACUGCGAAAUCUUGUUUUGAGCGCCUACCCAUCGUCGUUUCAGAAGCUCCCCGAUCCGUUCAGAGAAGGAUUGAAGGUUGAUAGGUUAGACGAAAUCCGGAAAGCGCCGAAGGUCGCUGGCGAUGUGUCCGCUCCUCUUCAACGUGCAAAUCUGGUCGGUAUUGUCGACAACGCCUUCCGUACUGUCGCUCCUGACAAUGCGGUCCAACAAAUCUGUGAUGCGUUAUCAAACCCGGUUGUCAAAGAAACUGGACAGUUCUUCACUCCUAUCAAUGUGGACGUUGUUCUGAUGAAUUCGCUCAUCCUUUUCAUUGGGCAAAAUGCCGUUGCGUCGAUUGGUCAGAAAAGCAACACACCCGCGGUAUUCAGCAAUUCUCCCCAUACGGUUCUGCUGGAAAAGCUUUCAAAGGCUCUACAGCCGGAAGCUCGGUACUACUUCCUCAGCGCCAUCGCCAACCAACUGAGAUAUCCCAGCAGCCAUACGCAUUACUUCAGCUACGUCAUCCUUCACCUUUUCGGAUCUGAGCAACCCGAACAACAAGGAUCGGAUAUUCGUGAACACAUUAUUCGUGUCCUCCUUGAGCGACUGAUUGUCCAUCGACCCCAUCCAUGGGGCUUAAUCAUCACUCUCCAGGAACUGCUACAAAACCGCAGCUAUACCUUCUUCCGCUUGCCAUUUAUUCAGGCGGUACCUGAGAUCAAUAAUCUCUUCGACGCGCUACUUCAGCACAUCCAGCAGCAAAGCCCCAGGGCCCUAACUUAGGGGGUAACACUAAUGUACUCUACCUAAUCCGAACACACCACAAAAAUUACUCCGUGAACCAGCUUACGACACCCUCGUUGUGGGGAUGGAUUUGACUUUGGGGGUAUAUGCCAUGACUAUAAUAUCACUUUUUUUUCUAAGGCUCUAGGUAGUUCAAAAGCUGCUAUUUUCUUCAUUCUUUAUGUUGUGCGUGCCGAUUGCAGGGUUUCUGGGUCUAUUUUACUUCUUUCAUUGUUUUUCUGCGAGGUUUGCCUUUUUCUCCUUAUCUACACUUUGCUCUGGGUUGUUUUGGGGGGGAUGCAUUUUCCUAAGUGUGCUCACCAUUAGUGAACCGAGAUGGUUGCAGAAACAUUUUAUCUUAUUGAUUUCUUCCCUUCUAUUCAUAUAUAAUGUUUCACCCUAUAUUUGACUCGCCAUUAUUUAAAUUCGCUUUGGCGUCGGGGAAAACAUGGAGGAUCUGGAAAAUCAUGAAGGACAUUGGACGGCAUUGACGCCACGAGAUAUGAAAUUAGUAGGGAUGAGUAGAAAGAAGCGUUUCUCUAGCCAACGAAGUUGUAUUAUAAAAUUUCGUCAAUGUAAUGGGAAUAUCUAACAUCAUGUACAGAUUACUACUCAGUACGCCAUUUGUAAUUGAAGAUUAAGUAAAUUGAAAAUAGCUGUGAAGAAGUUGCGGUA